AUGUCCAACGACCGCGGCCAUAGAGUCGCCAGUGCAAUUGACAGCCUGAUUACGCACCUGCUGCCCGCAAACCCCGACGACGAUGACCAGGUCGCCCAGGACAAGCACGAUGCUUGCUUCGAGCUCGUCCGGUCCAUCAUUGAGCGCCCUAGCUCCCCAGCCGUCUCGGCCGACGUUAACCAUGCUUCGGACCUGAUCAAGCGGAAGCUCAUCCAGAGCAAUCCCACCCAGGCACUGCGCUUCUCCAAUCUUUACACGCGCCUGCUAUCGCUGCCGGUCCUCAACCAGAAAUGGGCCAUCCUAUAUCUGCUCUACCAGCUCUCGGAUUCCCCAGAUCCCAAUGAGCCUCUGCCCCUGAGCCCCUUGAGGCAGCCAGGUCCCGUACAUCGAGGCCAGUCGCCGCCGCCGCCGCCGACUCGAGGCGUAGAAUGGGGAGAGUCUUCCAAAACCGCGACCCCGGCCACUAUUCCCGAAGAAGAUGCCUUCGAAGAUGCCUUCGCGUCCUCAGGCCUGAAGAAGCUGCCCCUUGAGAAGACGAGGCCGCUCCCAGACGACGACGCCUCCCCCAAGAAGAGUGCAAGGGAUGUUUCGUUAAAGUCGACGCUCCUUGCCGAUAAUUCCGUCGACUUGGAACCUUCAGAGACGGUUCUGCUCCGAGAAUUGCCCUACACGCUUCAGGGGCUCUCGUCUGCAGCACUCCCGUUCGUCAAUGAUACGACACUCAAGCUACCGCGAACGCUUCCGCCCCCCAUCAUCUCCCUCCUUCACACGCUUGCGGAGCCGUCUUUGCUUUACCGAAGGCUUGCAUCGUUCGUCAAGUCGCCUGCGAGGGGCUUGCUCGGGCAGAGCUUACGGGCAGCCAUCAACAUAGAACUGCGCGCCUAUCUCACUCUCAUUGCAACUCUCGAGGGGGAGGUCCGCCGUGCACUCUCGUCGCUCGACGAGGCAGCGCCCCGCCACGGCAUAGGGAAGGCUGGCGUGACGUUGAAGCGCUGUGUGGUGUGGACUCGGGAGGCAACCAUGGGCUUGCGCCUAAUGUCGUUGAUGGCCGAGCAGAGCACGAGUAAGCACGGCGGGCAGCUGAUCAGCCUGGUCCACGGCUUCUCUUCCUCACACGGCGACCCGGUCGUGGCUGCGUUUGCAGAGCGUCUCCUGGCCGACGUGACGCGGCCCUUUUACGACAUCCUCCGCCGCUGGAUCUACGACGGCGAGCUAUCGGACCCGCACUUGGAGUUUUUCGUCCGGGAGCAGAGCCCCCACGACGAAGACAGGAAGGAGUCCAAGGCUAAGGGCCAGGCCAGCGUCUGGAACUCCAAGUACGAGGUUGUCGACGCCAUGGUGCCGAGCAUCAUUACGGCUGAUUUUGCGCAAAAGGUGUUUCUUAUCGGAAAGUCACUGAACUUUAUCCGCCACAGCUGUGGCGACAGCCAGUGGGUCGAGGCCUACAGCAAGACGUCGUCAAAAGAGCUCAAGUACGGCGACACGGCCACGCUGGAGACGUGGAUCGACGAGGCCUACAAGACGACGAUGCAGCGACUGAUGGAGCUGAUGGACAGCCGGUUCCACCUGUUUGAACACCUCCAGGCGCUCAAGAACUACAUAUUGCUCGGGCAGGGCGACUUCAUUGCUCUCCUGAUGGAGUCGCUGGCCGCUAACCUCGACCGGCCCGCCGGAGCACAGUACCGCCACACGUUGACGGCGCAGCUCGAGCAUGCAAUCAGAGGCUCGAAUGCGCAGUACGACAGUGACGAGGUGCUCCGCAGGUUGGACGCGCGCAUGCUGCAGCUCAGCCACGGCGACAUUGGCUGGGACUGCUUCACGCUCGAGUACAAGAUCGACGCGCCCGUGGACGUGGUGGUGACGGAGUGGGGCAACCGGCAGUACCUCAAGGUGUUCAACUUCCUCUGGCGUAUCAAGCGGGUCGAGUUUGCACUGGCGACGACGUGGCGCAAGUGCAUGACGGGGGCGCGGGGGGUGCUCCAGACGAAGGACAAGGAGGUGCUGCAGACGUGGAAGGGCACGCGCGGGGUGCUUGCCGAGAUGAUACACUUUGUCGGCCAGCUCCAGUACUACAUCUUGUUUGAAGUGAUCGAGAGUAGCUGGGCGGAGCUGCAGAAGAACAUCCGGAAGGAGGACUGCACGCUGGACGACCUCAUCACGGCGCACACAAAGUACCUCACGUCCAUCACGCACAAGGGCCUCCUCGGCGCCCGGCGGCGCCAGCACCACGACUCGGUCAAGGAGGCGGCGCUGGCGAGCGGGAGCCGCGACCCGGCGGCCGAGGUCGAGGACCGCAACUCGUACAUGAUACAGCUUAGUGAGUUGCUGCGCACCAUGCUGGCAUACCGCGACAGCGUCGAUGGGCUCUACAGCUGGUCCGUGUCCGACUUUACGCGACGGCAAGAACUGGGCGCGGUAGGACUCAUGCGCAAGAAUCAGGUGUCCACCCCGUCAGACGGUGGAGGUGGCGGCAGCGGCGACCAACCGGGGGCCGGGCUAGACUCGGCUGCUGGCGGCAGCGGCAGCGGCAGCGGCGCGGGCAUCGUUAAGUCCGAGCUGCCGGCGCUGCAGGAGCGGCUCAAGCAGCUCGGGCUGACGUUCCGCACGCGGCUGCAGAUCCUCCUCGGCGACCUCGCGUACCAGCCCGACGUCGACAUGCGCUUCCUCGGCGUCUCGAUGAACUUUAACGAUGUCUAUCAGCCCGUGCGCAGGAAGACCAAGACGAGCGCCGGGCCGGGGGCGGUGGUGGCGGCAUCGGGGUCCGGGGCGGGGUCCGGCGCCGCAGCGGGAUCUGCGGCUAACACGUCCAGGGCCGCUUAG